AGGCCAAGCCGAAGUCUCAAAUGAGCCCAAUGCCUGAACUAACAUUUUAUUAGCAACUUUAACAUCCAGCUCUUUAUAAACAUGCUAAAAAAUAAAAAGAACUCUACGUGAUUCAUGAUCUUAAAGCAGAUUAAGAGAAUCCCGGUUGCUAUUCUGCAAUUCAAAAACUUUUCCUUUACAUCACAACGUUAUUGUCCAAGCAUUGACCCAUAUGACUCCUCCAAACUCUUAAGCAACUAUCUGAAAUCCGGAAGGAUUAAAGAUGCAGAGAACCUGUUCGACAAUAUGCCUGACAGAGAUGUUGUCUCAUAUUCUAUAAUGAUUCAUGGCUAUGCUAAAAACGGGUUCCACCAAAAAUCCAUGGAGUUAUAUUCCCAUAUGCGAAGUUUGGGUUUGGCUCCAAAUUCUUUCACCAUUGUUGGUGUGCUUGUUGGCACUGCAGGCUUGCAAAGCUUGGUGCUUGGACAAUCCAUUCAUGGACCGAUUGUUAAAACUGGGUUAGAGUCUGAUAUGAUUGUAGGUACAGCUAUGUUAGAUAUGUAUGCUAAGUGUGGAAGUAUGAUUAAUUCAUAUAAAGUAUUUGAGGGAAUGAAGAACCCGGGUUUGAUUUCCUGCAAUGCAGUGGUAGCCGGGUUUGUACGCAAUGGACUCUUUGAAGAGGGCCUUGUGUUUUUUAACCAGUUCCAGAAGUUUGGUUUGGCACCUAAUGUGGCUUCGGUGUUAGCUCUUAUAAGGGGUUGCAUUGGUUUGGAGUCACAGAGGCUCUGUGAAUGUAUUCAUGGCUUCAUUGUGAAAGUUCCUCUUGUUUUGGAUGUAUCUGUCAAUAAUUCGGUUCUUGAUAUGUACUCAAGCUUGUUGGAUUUAGAUGCUGCAACUAAAAUAUUUGAUGAGAUGGAAUGCAAAGAUGUUAUCAGUUGGACAACAAUGAUAGGUUUGUUGAUUGAUCUUGAAUAUGCCUCUUCUGCACUAGCGCUUUUCAGCAGAAUGAGGGACAGUGGGAUCAGUCAUGACACAGUGGUCAUCAUGAAUCUCAUUUCAGCUUGUGCAAUCAUCGGGGAUUUGAAGAGAGGGAGAAAAGUCCAUGCUCAAGCUGUUGUUUGUGGAUUUGGUUCUGAGCUCACUCUUGUGAACUCUCUAAUUGCAAUGUAUUCCAAGUGUGGUGACUUGAAUUCUUCUAGAACAGUUUUUGAUCAAACAUCUCAGAAGAGUUUAGUUUCAUGGACGGCAAUGAUUUUGGGCUAUGCACAGAAUGGACACCCAAGAAAGGCUUUGAAUCUCUUAGUUGAAGUAAGACUGGAGGAAAACUUUUUCCUUGAUCCAACAAUGUUGGUUGGUGCUUUAACUGCUUCUGGUGGACUUGCUGCUUUAGAACUCUGCCAGCAGCUCCAUUGUUUUGCUUUUGAGGCUGGUUUCUCCUCGCAUAGACCAGUUCAGAACAGUCUCAUAUCAACAUACUCAAAGUGUGGGACUGUGGAACUUGCCCACACUGUUUUUAAGGAGAUGGGUUAUCUUCAAGAUAUAAUCUCUUGGAAUGCAAUUAUAAAUGGGUACGGGAUCAAUGGUGAUGGAGAUACUGCAUUGGCUCUCUACUAUGAGAUGAGGAGUUGUGGAGAAGGUCCUGAUAGUGCAACGUACCAGAGCAUUUUGAGUGCUUGCAGUCAUGCAGGUUUAGUGGACAAUGGUCUAAUGAUAUUCAAUCAAAUGGUGGAAGAGAAUAGAAUAAGGCCAAUCCAAGAGCAUUAUGGGUGUGUAGUUGACUUGCUUUCAAGAGCAGGCUGCUUGCCUGAUGCAAUUGGGUUUGCCAGCAAAUUUUUGGAUGGAACAGGUCCAGAUGUUUGGAGAGCUUUGCUUAGUGGAUGUCUUCUUCAUGGCAAUGUAGGGCUCGCAGAACUUGCAGCAAGCAGGAUAUUUGAGCAAGAUCCAGAAGGAUCCGACCAAGUUGUGCUUCUUUCAAAUGUUUAUGCAUCAGUUGGUAGGUUUCAGGAAGCUGAAUCAUUGAGGUCAAGUCUGAAGAAGAAGGGGUUAUUAAAAAAUCCUGGGAUCAGCUUGCUGAAUGGGAUUCCAUAUGAUUUUGGAUGAGGAUUUUUAAGCUUUGCUCAAAGGUGAUCUUGUGUGUUAGUGCCAGACUAACACAUUCCUAGUGAAGAAUAUCAGGACAAUACAGUCUGAUAUGGGACAGGAUUAAUAAAUAGAGUUAAAUUAAUUUUAUGUGCUACGUUGACAGUAUUACAUCAAAGAUCAAACCUGAGAAUAUCAGAUCUUCGUCUACUUUCAUUUGACUUGAAAGCCAGAACAUCACCAAAUCGAUAGGCAUGUGGAUUGAUCGAAUUAUAACUAAGCUAGACUUGUUUGGAAAAAAAAAAAAAACCUAUUGCAUAGGCAAUGGGCGACUCAAUUGAUGGAGUGCUAGCUGAACUUUUUAAAAAACUGUUAAUAGUUACAAGGUUUUCCAUUGUUUUAGGAUUAUGUAUAUGUCCUCAACAUUGACAUGCUAGUAGUGAGACUUCACAACCAUAACUAAGUGUAGGUUUCCAAGUGUCACCUGUGUCUUGUAUUUGAAGAUUCGGCCUGUUAUUUACCAAGGCAAGUGCUUUAUUUUUUAAUAUUGGGCAUAUAGGUUUUUGUCAAAUGUAAUCACCAUAUUUUCUCUUCUUUGUAAAAGUAAACAAUGUUAGCUA